AUGCGUUCAAUUCUUAGCAUUUCAUUGGCACUUGGUGCUCUCUACCAGCAAACCUCUGUUGUAGCCAUACCCCUAGAAAGGCGGUUUGAGGUUCAGGAACGCCAUUGGGGCGGGCAUCGUCACCGCAAAGGUCAUGGCCAUGGCAACCCCCAAUCAACAUUAACUACUCUUCCGUCGGCGGUCGAAACAGCAAAUUCCACGGGGACAGUAAUUGUUCCCUUGUCUUCUGCCACAGGAGCAGCUCGUGGAACUGUCGCCACAAAACCCAAGUCCAAGGGCGAUAACAAUGACGAGGACGAGGACGACGAUGAAGACGACGACGACGACGACGAGGACGACGAGGACGACGACGAGGAUGACGAGGGAGAUGAAGACGAAAAUGCGGCCCCCACUAGCAAGGCAGGCAAAGCACCUGUGCCAACAAAGACCGGAGGCAAAGCACCUGUGCCAACAAAGAUCGCAACCGGAGCACCUCUUCCAACAAAGAUCGCAACUGGGGCACCUCUUCCAACAAAGAUCGCAACCGGAGCACCUGUGCCAGCAAGCUCCGCAGCCGGAGCACCUGUGCCAACCAGCACCGCAGCCGUGCCAGCAGCCGGGUCCAUCUGGAAGCCCGCCGCAGGAACGACCUGGCAAAUCCAAAUCACCAACGCCGUCACUGACGUGAACAUGCCCGUCGAUGUUUACGACAUUGAUCUCUUUGAUAACAAGGACUCAGGCGUGAUCCAAAAGCUCCAGGCGAACGGAAAGAAAGUAAUCUGCUACUUCUCCGCCGGAAGCUUCGAGGACUGGCGUCCAGAUCAAUCCUCCUUUGCCGAGGCAGACAAAGGCAGCGACCUAGAUGGCUGGCCAGGAGAGCGCUGGCUCAACACCAACAGCCCAAACGUCCGCAAGAUUAUGUCCGCACGCCUGGACCUUGCAAAGACGGCAGGCUGUGAUGCUGUGGACCCCGAUAACGUCGACGUAUAUGAGAACAAGAACGGCAUCAACAUUAAGUUCGAAGAUUCCAUCAGCUACAUGCAGUGGUUGUCUGACGAAGCACACUCGCGCGGCAUGGCCAUCGGCCUCAAGAAUGGUGGUGAUAUGGUGAAGAGCUUGCUUUCAUCCGUGGAGUUCCAAGUCAACGAGCAGUGCGUGGAGAUGAACGAGUGCGAGCUGUUCGUGCCAUUUGUCAAGGCUAACAAGCCCGUUUUCCAUAUUGAGUAUCCCAGUGGUUCGUCACUCACGAACUCGAAGGUCGUUUCGCAGUUUUGUGUUGAGAAGGCAUCGAACAACUUUUCAACUGUGUUGAAGGAUUUAGACUUGGAUUCUAAGGUCCAGUUCUGCUAG